CCCAUGACGGUCCGCCUCGCGCACCCGCAGUAAUCCUACCUCUCUGCCACUACGAAUCACCUUCGGACAUUGCACAUUGCGUCGGAACAACCCAUCCACGAAAUUGUGUCGUCGGUUUUCGCAUUCAUCCUCGUCAUUAAACGGCGCGUUGGGUGCUUGCCAUUCGUCAGUCACUUCUCGACGACGGGGUCCAUCUGCUGCCAGAUCCAGUGACGGGACUAGACUGCAGUUUCUGCAGGUCCUUCCCCCAGUCCCUCCUCGCCCAUUGUUAUGCCCGGACACGCUGGAAUGGAGCCUUCCUCCUCGUGGCUUCCCAGCAUAGUGCUGCGCGCUUUCGAGCUCGUCCCUUUCACAGAUGGACCUGGUGGGUAGGGUAAGGGCGUAAGGCGGAUGAUAGUCACUGGAGGCCAAGUGCGCUGAUCACGGCGAUCAUCGCCUCCGGCUUCGAGUCGGCCGUGCGGGGAAGGAAAGAAGGGGGGCGCCCACUCGCUUGCUAGCCGGGAUUCUAUAUAACUAGGAUCUCGGGUUCUUCAACGAUGCGGACGACCCCUGGACCCUUCCGUUUCUUCUGUGUUGGUCCCGAAGUGUUGGAAACCCAAGGCUGCCGUGAUCGACGCCGUCACCUCCGGAUCUGUCGGUCCUCAAACUGCCGAUGAACAGUAAUCGACAACGGUCCAGUCCAUUUCUAUUCUAAGUGGGUGUGUACGAUCAAUUUCCAGCCGUAUUUCAUCGGCCGGGCUGCAUCGUCACCUUGGCUGCUCCGAAACAGUGGACGACAGCAACACGAGGCCCAAUUGGCGUCACCUCCUCCACGAACGAAACCGAGGCUUUCCUACAUAGCAGGGAUAUCGCGAGUUUGACGAUCGUCAUAUCGCCUCACGACGAGCAGAAUGCGUGGCCUCUGUGGCCUGCAUUGAGAUGCCGGCACCGGUGGGCACGCAAAGAUGCUCAGGCCAUUGAGCCUAGUACGAGCGACGGACGAGCGACAGCCAGGAUCACACGCCGUCUCCAUCAAUUUCUCUCCUACUCCAUUCUCGACCUCGUUUGUCUCUAAGGCUGCUGUUACCUCUGGGCCCUCGUUGUCUUCCAUGUUCCUCCGGGUAAACAUCAUGAGGGAUGACGCGAAAGGACGAGGGGAUUAAAACAAGGCGAAAGCAUGUCGUCAGUGUUUGCUCCAUGGCAUAUUGAUCAGUAGAAGAAGGAAUGAAUUAGUCGAUCUGUAGCGCGUACGAUAAUACGGGCUGUAUCGCAUUGCGCACCGAAACAAUGUAACGCCGCGUAAAGCAAAUGUUGGGAGAUGGCCUCGAGGUGAGCAACCACCCGGUCCUCUAAUGGAUCCCCAGCCGCGUCCCUUGAACGAGGCUUCUUUCAAGAACGCACGGCUGCAUGUGCGUACUCCGGCAGAGUUGAACGUUGCUGGAGGAUCGAGGCUUUCACUGAUCGCCAUUAGCAUGAGCCAGCUACACCCUGCUGCUGGGCACAGUUGCAGGAAAGUCAAGGGCAGGCCAGCUUUGGUCAGCAUUCAUUUCAAGGUAGCUUGCCUCGCUGCCAAGUCGAAGUUGCUAGUCUGAAUGACUCCAAUCAGCCCAACUGCUUUCAGCGCAUGGCUUUCUGCGCGUCCCGGACGCCUUGCUGUAUUUAAAUCAUCCGGGUGCCAGUCCACUUUGGUUCUACGGAGCUGACAGAGCAUCUUGCCCGUCCCGAUCAGAAGCUUGAUAGCUUUACCGGAGUCACGCAGUCGACAGUUUACCCUACAUAGGCUCUUUGGUUUUCCGUUCCUUAGAGAAGCACUCAGAAACGACCACUGGACCCACCUUGAAAGCAUCAUCACAUUGUUGCGAAUGUGAUUUGGCUAUUGAGCCAAAUAGCCUCACAGCCGAACCGAACAUUCGCGUCUUAUUCAGCCUAAACAGUGCUUGGUUGGAGUCGUGUGCCAAAACGUACAAGUCUCUUCGCAGAGCGAGACGUUAGUGGAACAACAUUCUGGAUCUAGCCAGAUUGAGUCUGCACGGGGGACUACCUCACAAUCUGCCUCUCCAACUCCGCUUCUCGCAAUGGCUUCCUUGGGACAAGAGCGUGUUGCAAAUCUUCAGGAAGCCCGUCAGUCCUAUCAUGUCGAUGCUCUUGAGGCCUUAAGAUCCAACCGGAACGCCAUCCCCUCAUCAGAACUAGGGAACACAAUGCCAAUCCAUGGUCCGCAAUCUCAGGCUCUAUCUCCAUGCAACCAUCUCAUUGUUGUUCCAUAUUAAGUCAUCAACACAGCCGGGACAAUGUUCAUUCUGCCUGAAGUCAUCCCAUGUGGUGGCUCGCAAACAGUCCUACACAAUACUAUUAAAAUGUCUCCCGUGAUGCCGCACCGAAGCCGCGCUCUUGGAAGUGCGUCAGAAGUCUUCUGCGAAGCUUGAGCAACACAAGCAACUGUCACGAUGCACCUAACCAGUGUUCUCACGAUCGUUCUGGUUGCAUGUGCUACUGUCAGCGCACAACUAAAUCAGCUCGCUGUUGCAGCAGGCUUCAAGUACUUUGGCACAGCUGUCGAUAACCCCGGGCUCAACAACCAGGCGUACAUGAACAUCGCCUCGAACAAGAAUGAGUUCGGUCAAGUUACCCCAGCGAACGGACAGAAGUGGGAUUCCACUGAACGCUCCCAAGGCCAGUUCAGCUACGCCAACGGCGAUGCCGUCACCAACAAAGCGCGACAGGCCAGCCAGAUCCUUCGUUGCCAUACCCUUGUGUGGCAUAGCCAGCUGCCCAGCUGGGUAAACAACAUCAACGGACGCGACGCCAUGACAAGGGUGCUCCAGACCCACAUCCAGAACGUCGCCGGCCACUACAAAGGCCAGUGCUAUGCCUGGGACGUCGUCAAUGAAGCCCUCGAGGAUAGCGGCACCUACCGCAACAGCCCUAUGUACCGCGCUCUCGGCAAAGACUUCAUCCCCCUCGCCUUCCAAGCCGCUGCCGCCGCUGACCCGGACGCGAAGCUGUACUACAAUGACUACAACAUUGAGAACCCAGGCGCCAAGUAUAAUGAAGCUCUCAACAUCGUGCGCAGCAUCAAGGCCGCCGGCGCGAGGGUCGACGGUGUCGGUCUACAAGCCCAUUUCAUCGUGGGCCAGACACCGAGCUUGACGAACCUGAAGACAGUGCUGACCGGAUUCGCGGCCCUGGUGGACGAGGUUGCAUACACGGAGCUCGACAUCCGACAUCCGCGACUCCCUGCAUCCGAUGCGGACCGGCAACAGCAGAGUCGGGACUACCAGACCGUUGCGCAAGCGUGCCUCGAUACGCCCAAGUGCAUCGGGAUCACGGUGUGGGACUUUGCUGACCAGUAUUCUUGGGUUCCGCAAACGUUUCCUGGUCAGGGGGAUGCCUGUCUCUGGAACAGCAAUCUUCAGAAGAAACCGGCCUACACGGGCCUUGUCAACCUAUUCUCGAGCGCUGCGGCGGUUCGAGCUAGUAGUAGUACGCGACCCACGACGUCGACAAGUGUUACCACAGUAACUUCAUCUCGAACCAUCUCAACUAUCACCAGCUACGUGACCCAAAUCUCGACUCGAUCCUCCUCGAUAACCCAAGCUCCGUCAUCUUCCUCGGCCAGAGGCUCCACCGUGACGGUUAUCGUGUCCAGCUGGACGACCCAGGUCGUGACGGUCACGAACAUUGACACCGUGAUCGAGACCAUUACAGUCUGGGUUCCGCCGUCGACAGCCACAUCGACGGUCCGCUCCACGACUAGCUUCUUGACCACCUUGUCGCGGAGCACGUCCACAACAUCGCCUCCGGCGCCCGAGGCCACGCAGACUAAGUACGGACAGUGCGGAGGCUCGAACCAUUUGGGGCCAACGAGGUGUGCGGCUGGAAGCAGCUGUACGGUGCUGAACCCUUGGUAUCAUCAGUGCUUGUAGGAGGAGAAUGGAUAAAAGCUUAGUGUCGAUACGAGCUGUCCAAAUGUAUCAGGGCAGGGUUGUCUGUGGUCUGGCGAGCAGCCAACUCAAGCUCAAGGGACCCCAAAGUCGCAUUUUAUUCUUAAUUACACAAUCAUUAAAGCUGCAACGUGAGGACCAUAUCUCUUAUGGCUGUAGCACAAGUCUGGACCAGCCCACCACGUGCUGUCGAU